UUCAGCCCAAAGGGUUUCCGGCAUGCUGCUGGGCGUCAGCGGACACACGAGGGGGCCGCUCUCAACAUGGACGAGCCCUUCUUUUCCCGACUGUCAUUUUACCAGCGCAAAGCAAAUGGCUCUCUGUCGCUGAUUGUGAAAUGAUAUUUAAACGAGUUCGACUGCUGUAUCAUUGACCAAUGACCAUGAACAGCCGCCGUACCCUCUCGCGGCAGGACUACACGGUAGGAUGGAUCUGUGCGCUACCAACGGAGAUGGCGGCGAGUGAGGCUAUGCUCGACGAGGUGCACAACCCCGUGGCCCAGGACAGCUUUGACCACAACUCGUACACGAUGGGCCGGAUCCGCGGCCACAACGUCGUCAUGAUGUGCCUGCUGGCGGGCGGGACGGGGACCGUGUCUGCUGCUCGGGCCGCAACGAGGAUGACCAACAGCUUCCGGUCUCUACGCUUCGGCCUGAUGGUCGGCAUCGGCGGCGGAGUGCCCAGCAGGGAGAAGGACAUCCGGCUGGGAGACGUCGUCGUCAGCCACCCGGACGCGAGGUCGGGAGGGGUCCUUCAGUACGACUUCGGCAAAACGGUGCAGGAGGGCCGGUUCGUGCAGACGGGGACCCUGGACAAGCCGCCCGAGGCGCUGCGCGCUGCCCUGGCGCGCCUGCAGGCUAAGCACAUCCGGCAAGACCCGGGCUUCGUGCAGUAUCUUGUCGACAUAGCAGCGAACCAUCCCAAGAUGGCGGCCGGGUUCGCGCACCCCGGCGCAGACAACGACGUCCUGUACGACGGCCCGUACGACCACCCAGAGGGCCACGGAACCUGCGUCGCGUGUGAUCCGGGUAGGAAGGUCUCGCGCGCGCCCCGUGGCUCUGCGGACCCCGUUAUCCACCUCGGCUUGAUCGCGUCCGGCAACCAGGUCAUGAGACACGGCGCCACGCGCGACCGGCUGCGGCGGGAAAUGGGCAUCGACUGUUUCGAGAUGGAGGCCGCCGGCCUGAUGGACGGAUUCCCCUGCCUCGUGAUCCGCGGCAUCUGCGAUUAUGCCGAUUCGCACAAGAACAAGGGCUGGCAGCCCUAUGCGGCCGCGACGGCGGCGGCGUAUGCCAAGGAGCUGCUCGAUACCGUGUCGCGAGAUGCCGUGACGGAUACGCCAGUUGCCCCAGAUACGACCCCAGUUGCCCCAGAUACGACCCCAGUUACCCCUGAGACCACAGCGGGCCCAAGAUCCUGUCCUGGUGAGGAGCCGUGUCCCUUGUUCCGACGCUGAUCAUAGCUGACAUGGCAACGCAGAAACGAAAAGCGAGUCGGAGACGGACAGCGACUGGGA